AUGCGUGGGCAUCUCAUGUUCUUCACCUCUGCUUGGCAGCUCCAGAAGCCACUUGUUCUUGCUGUGAACAGUAAUGGGCAGACUGCAUUGAUGGUUGCUGUAAUUCAUGGGUUUCCUGAUAUUGUUACACAUACAGUUUCACUUUUGAGAGGUCAACAAGUUUUGGAAGAAGCUCUAUUGGUAGCCGAUGAUGCUGGAUACAAUGUGUUACAUCAUGCUAUAAGAUGUGGGUAUCAGGACCUAGCACUAAAGCUGAUUGGGGAAGCUCCCGAGUUGUCCAAAGCGAUAAGCAGAAUGGAUGAAUCACCAAUGUAUAUUGCCACACUCAAGAAUUACAAGGAAAUUUUUGAGCAGCUUAUCGUUAUUACAGACUCUGCUGACUGCGGUCAACAUGGCAACAAUGCCUUGCAUGCAGCUGUGAGAAAUGGAAAUGAAGACAUUGUGAAAACAAUCAUGGAGCAUCGCCCAUCGAUGGCAAAAGUUGAGGACAGUGUUGGGAUAUCUCCAGUGAGAUUGUCAGUGAUCACUUGUAGAACUGAGGUUCUUCGAGUAUUUCUGAAGACGGAUUUCUUGCUUGGGUAUGAAAUUAGCAAUGCAGGCCAACCUCUCCUUGUAUCAGCGGCUUCGCAUGGUGCAAUUGAUGUAGCUAAAGAGCUGCUCCUACAUUGCCCUGACGCUCCAUAUGAGAACAGUACCACUGGAGUGACCUGUCUUCACGAAGCUAUUGUUUCAGAGCACGAAGAGUUCUUAAACUUUAUUAUAUGUGCCCCGCAGCUGCGCGCUCUCAUCAACCUGCGUGACAAGGAGGGGAAGACAGCGCUUCAUCACGCUGUUCUCAAAUGCAGGCCUAAAUUGGUUGGAAGUAUAUUAUCCCACAAGGAUAUUGACAUUUCUAUACUUGAUGAGGAGGGUCACUCUGCCGCAUGGGAACUGAAGUAUGCGUACAGCGAGGCGAAAACACUCGAAUGGAAUGAGAUCUGCAUGCUUCUUUCAAAGGCUGAUCCUCGCGAUAGCUUCUCCAUCCAUUUUUUGCAAAAGGAAGCGAGGAUAAACGCAGUCAAUGCAUCUAGAUUGGAUUCAAAGUCAUUGAGCAAGACCUACACAAGUAAUACAGCGAUCAUUGCGACUCUUAUCGCCACUAUCACGUUUGCAGCCUUGUUCACGGUGCCCGGUGGCUAUAGCUCAGACCCGGGAAGCGCAGUAGCUUUUCUCUGUGUUCUUUAUCGUUGGGGCGACUACAGAUUCUUGGUGCAUUAUUUGGCUGUCACAAAGCUGCUAAUGUGGGUCUCGUAUGCGUUCACACUUGUAGCUUUCACUAUUGGGAUGUUCAUAUUGUUGGCGCCACAUCACUUGUGGUUGGCCAUUCUCAUUCUUUGCUGUGGAGCUCUUGUCCCGCUGGCGACAAAGAUUGUUGGUGAAUGGCCUGUUCUAAUGCUGAUGCUGAGAUCUCGGCUAGGUGGAGGCCCCAGCACCUACAGGGGUCAGCUCCUUGACAUUGUUUGA